GGGGGGAGAGUAGCCGGGAGGCUUCCGAGAACGCGCAGGAAGUGCAGUGCUCGGAAGGUUCCGAGUGAGACUGGCACUAUCCUCUGCUUUCUCGGGCUGGUGGGACUCGGAAGGGAACCCAGGGCACCGAAGACCUGAGUUCAGGCCGGCGUCACCACCUUGCCUGCCGGCAAGUCCCUUUUUCAUGCCUUCGUUGGCUUUUCUGCUAAGUGAGUCGUGGACGAGCCACUCUCAGCGUCCAACCUGGAGAACGGAGUCGCUUGGCUAGCGCCUGUAGGAGAGUCGAGGGCGGGAGAGACCCUGUGUUGCUCCUCAGUAAAAGGCCCCUUCCCAUCUUCAUAACGGUCCUGGGCUCUGACCCUGCCGUCCAAGGAACUCAGGAGGAAGAGUUGAUAGUCUCUGCGUCCCUCACACCCCAGGACGGAACCCAGCAUGUCUCAGGCUACCAAGAGGAAGCACGUGGUGAAAGAGGUGCUGGGGGAGCACAUGGUGCCCUCUGACCAGCAGCAGAUUGUGAGGGUACUCAGAACCCCAGGGAACAAUCUGCAUGAGGUGGAGACAGCCCAGGGGCAACGCUUCCUGGUGAGCAUGCCGUCCAAGUACCGCAAGAACAUCUGGAUCAAGAGAGGGGACUUUCUCAUUGUUGACCCCAUUGAGGAGGGAGAGAAGGUGAAGGCUGAGAUCUCCUUCGUGCUCUGCAAGGACCAUGUGCGCUCUCUGCAGAAGGAGGGGCUUUGGCCUGAGGCCUUCUCUGAAGUGGCCGAGAAACACAACAGCAGGAACAGCAGACGGACUCAGCCUGAACUCCCAGCCGAGCCUCAGUCGUCAGGAGACGGGUCCAGCUCUGAAGACGAUUCGGACCUCUUCGUGAACACCAACCGCAGGCAGGAUCGGGAGAGCGAGGAGGAGAGUGAGGAGGAGGAGAGCGAGGAGGAGGCGGCGGCCUGAGACCCGGCGGCCCGCCUCUCCGCUUGCUCAGGGACUAGUCCCUGGCUCCCCUGGGCUCGGACAUUCCCGGAGUACCCUGCAGCUCUUAACCCCCCUGGAUGGGGACAGGCAGGGUCCCUCUCUGAACAGACUCUCCUGAUCUCCAGGAGAAUUAAACCCCUGGUGGGUGGUGACGUGUAUCAGUGUCUGCGUGGCUCUCUGGGAGAGGAGGGACUUGUGAAGUAAGAGCUGUGUGCUCUCUGGUGGAGAUCUUGUGGGCUGACGGCCGAAUGGCCAGGACAUGGGGCUUGGCUGGAAUCUUCCCUCAGGUGGUUUGUGUUCUUUCUUUCUGCACCGUCGGGCACUUAGUGCCAGGCCUUAUGUUGUGUUUCUUGCAUGUGUUUGCUGAUGGGGAGCAGCCCUGCCUCAUGGCCUGCUUGCGGUUAAUCCUGCUGGAAGCAGUCAGGAUCACAGCCCUAGAACCCAGGGCCACCUGUCUCCAGGAAACACUCAGGACGAAUCCCGUGAUGCCUCAGGAGCCACGUUCCCCGCUUUUCGUGGUCCUCCGUUUGUUA